GCGUUUGCUACCGCGUUAAGAUCGUUACACGCGGCGGAGCGUGCACCGAGCGAUCCGAGCGACCCGAAAGCCACCGGUCCGAUGGAGCGUCCGCAGCCCGACAGCAUGCCCCAGGAUUUGUCAGAGGCCCUAAAGGAGGCCACCAAGGAGUUGCACACACAGGCAGAGAACGCCGAGUUCAUGAAGAACUUUCAGAAGGGUCAGGUGACCCGAGAGAGCUUUAAGCUGGUGAUGGCCUCUCUGUACCACAUCUACGUGGCCUUGGAGGAGGAGAUCGAGCGCAACAAGGAGAACGCAGUGUAUGCGCCCCUCUACUUCCCAGAAGAGCUGCACCGCAGAGCUGCCCUGGAGGAGGACAUGGCCUUCUGGUAUGGGCCCGACUGGCAGGAGGCCAUCCCCUACACAGCAGCCACUCGGAGCUACGUGAGGCGGCUCCAUGAGGUGGGGUGCAUGGAGCCCGAGCUGCUGGUGGCCCAUGCGUAUACCCGCUACCUAGGCGACCUGUCUGGGGGCCAGGUCCUCAAGAAGAUCGCGCAGAAGGCCCUGGACCUGCCCAGCUCUGGUGAAGGCCUGGCCUUCUUCACCUUCCCCAACAUUGCCAGCGCUACCAAGUUCAAGCAGCUCUACCGUGCCCGCAUGAACACGCUGGAGAUGAGCCCCAAGGUCAGGCAGAGGGCUAUCGAAGAGGCCAAGACUGCCUUCCUGCUCAAUAUUCAGCUGUUUGAGGAGUUGCAGGGGCUGCUGACCCAGGACACCGCAGGCCAGAGCUCCUCCACCACACCAAGGCUUCGCAGGCAGGAAGGCGGCGGGGUGCAAGAGUCCACUCCCACCAAGACACCCAGAGGGAAGCCCCAGCUGAACAUCGCGUCCCAGUCUCUGCUCCUCCGAUGGGUCCUUACGUUCAGCUUUCUGGUGGCAACGGUGGCGGUGGGGCUAUAUGCCAUCUGAAAGCAAGCUUGCUGGCACCUGGGGCCAUGAACUCUAUCCAGCAGAGGGCCCUCUUUCUGGAGAGGGAAAAUCUCAUGGCUGGCUUCUCUACCUUGGGCAUGGAGGGCUGUUCCGAGGCCCCGCCCUCUCCCUGUGGCCUUCUAUGUCUUCGAAGGAGGAAGGAGUCCUUUGGCAUCUUCCUCAUCCAAAAAGCACAUCCAGCCCUGUGACUGAAACCGCCAAAGUGGCUGAGGGGCCCCGCCCCGCCUUGCCCCGCCCCUCAGCAUCCCUGUUCCUGCAGCAGAGCCUAGAGAACGCAGCCAGGAGUGGCGACUGUCCAGACCCUCCAAACACCCCAGGUUCGAGGUCUCCUUGACACGGCCGUGACCGCUUCCUUUGGGACAUGGCGAUUCUUAUAUAAACGUGUGAAGAUGUUGUGUUUUGUGUUUCUGUCCUGUUUUUGUUGGAGCCACUUUUUGUUUCUGGCUCUGCCUAAACUGUGGUAUUUUGUUGUGUCCUGUUAUGUUUUUAUAGCAGGGUUGGGGGUGGGGAGGGAGGU